UUUUGACUAUUGACAAUGAUUGAGAAAAUCGUUGAAGUAGCCCCUAGAGAUAUUGCCUCUAUUCAAAUUAAUCGGUUUUCAAUAUAUACGAGUGGAAAGGAAAACAAGAAAACAGUCUACGAUAUGUGCACUCUAGAAAAGCGCGGCAACGUCUUCUUCCUCACUUUAACCGGCGACGGAAGGGAUGAGCAUCGUCUGAAUCCUACUCUCAUCGCCUCCAUCCGAUCCGCUCUUUCCGAAGCCAAGUCUCAAUCCACUCACAGCACCGCCCUUAUCACCGUCGCCGAAGGUAAAUUCUUCUCCAACGGUUUCGAUCUCGCCUGGGCCAAAUCCGCCUCAGGAGGAUCUCCUUCGGAAGCAGUUAACCUCCUCUUUCACAUGGUGGAACUCUUCAAGGAUUUAGUCGCCGACUUUAUCUCCCUCCCUAUGCCAACAAUCGCCGCCGUCACUGGCCACGCCGCCGCCGCAGGACAGCUGCUCGCUAUGAGCCACGACUACGUCUUGAUGAGUCGCCAUCGGGGGGUUUUGUACAUGAGUGAAGUCGAUAUUGGGAUGGCUUUACCUGAGUAUGUCUCGGUGUUGAUGAGAUCGAAGGUUGCGAAGCCGAAUGUCCGGCGGGAUGUGUUGUUGCGUGGGGUGAAGGUCAAGGCGGAGGAAGCGGUGGCGAAGGGUUUAAUUGAUGCGGCGUAUGAUAACAGGGAGAAGACGGUUGAAGGUGGUGUGCGUCUGGCGGAGGAGUUGAUUAAGAGGAAGUGGGACGGCGAGGUGUACGCCGAGAUAAGGAAGUCGUUGUAUCCGGAGCUGUGUGGCGUGCUCGGCUUGAUUAGCCGGGAAAAGCUCGACUCUAAGUUUGGGGAUGGAAACAGAAAGGGUGGAAUUGUUAUUUUUAUUUUUAUAAGCUUGUUUUUGUCGUUGUUGGGGGAUACUUCAAGGGAUGUAAUUGUAUAAUGUUCUAAUAAGAGUAUAUUACCGUUUUUUAUUUA